GAGGGAGCGGGCAGCGCUCCCCGCGCCGGGCACUGCUCCUGCUGCCAGAGGCGGCCCGCGGAGCCGGCACCAUGGACUCGGACUCGGCCGAGCUCAGCGAAGGCGAGCUGGUCUCGCCCGCAGGUCCCGAUUAUUUCAGCUCCAAGAACCUUGCACUGCAAGCCCAGAAAAAGAUCCUGAGUAAAAUGGCAACCAAAACCAUGGCUAACAUGCUAAUCGACGACACAAGCAGCGAAAUCUUCGAUGAGCUGUACAAAGUCACAAAGGAGCACACCAGGAACAAAAAGGAAGCCCAUAAAAUCAUGAAAGACCUGAUCAAAGUGGCCAUAAAAAUCGGGAUCCUCUACCGCAACAACCAGUUCAACCAGGAAGAGCUGGAGAUCGUGGACAAGUUCAGGAAGAAGCUGAACCAAACUGCCAUGACCAUCGUCAGCUUCUACGAGGUGGAGUACACCUUUGACAGGAACGUGCUGGCAGAACUGCUGCACGAGUGCAAGGAGCUCGUGCACGAACUCGUGGGGCGGCACCUGACGGCGCGCUCCCACGGGCGCAUCAACCACGUCUUCAACCACUUUGCGGACGUGGAGUUCCUGUCUGCCCUCUACAGCCUGGAUGGGGACUGCCGGCCCUACCUCAAAAAGAUCUGCAACGGCAUCAACAAACUGCUCGACGAGAAGGUUCUUUGAAACCACGCUCCAAGGCAAGAAACCGACCAAAAACUUCUCUCUAGAACUGGCCACCCUUCCUAAGCCAUGGUAGGCAAGCAAGCUUCCUUCCCAUCAGUCUUACUACAAUCCCCUGCAGGGCCCAGAAGGUGCUCACCAGGCUCAUGGUGAAGUGGAAAACUUAAAUGAGAAAGCUGUCGAUUUUAAUGCUUUGUUCAGAUAAUUCAGUCUCUUUCAAGGAGCAGAGUGAACAAGGCUGCUGGUAUAUAUUGUUCAGACACAGAUUGCUAUUCACCAUGAUCUUGCUAGCUUUGUGUUCAAGGCUGAACGUGUGAACAGAAAGUAAACUCAGAUGCAUGGCUAUGUAAAAAUAGACAGAUGAAGGCAAGAGCAAUACAUGGAAUUUACCCCCAAGGCCCUUGGUGCAUAUAUUUUUAUUAUUUCCAUGCUAACUGAAAAGGCUUUGACAGAAAGUAGGGCCGUAAUGGAUUAAGUUCACUCCUUUCAAAAGGAUCAGGAAUCAAUAUGAGAAAACAUCUCUGAUUUUACAUGGUCUAUAAAUCUAAUAAGAGAGUAACAAAUCAUACAAGCAGGAGAAAAUCUAAAGAACUGCUCGGUGAAGCAACAGUUUCAUCAAUUCAGUUUUACACCUGCUAACAACAGAGAGGAGGUUUCAUUUUAAUUUGAAAAGCAGCUCAGUGGUUCAAACUCAAAGGCAGAUAAAAUAGUAUAGCAUUCCCCUGCUCUCAGGGCUUGUCUGUUGGGUAACAGCAGGUGAGCUCAGACUAAAGGUUGUGCUGCUCUUACUGUUCUGCCUGGCAGAACAAAAUACUCUUUGUGAAGAUUUUGAAAUUGCCCUUAUGAGGAGCAGCACACCUGAGACACCAACAUUUAUAUCCCUGAGCCUCAAAAUAUUCAGCCUAGAUAAUACUGUUGGUUUAAUGUACCCAUGACAUUUGUGCCUACAGUAAACCAGAGGUGGGAUACAAAGGAACCCCAUCCACUAUUUGUGCAGUGCCUCCAAGUGUAGCAUAUCCACAGUUGUCAAAACAGAACAGCCUUAGUGACUCUGGUGAGUUCCUGGAGUGAGUUUUUGUUCAGAAUGGUUUCAGUGAAUUUUCUAGGGUUUUUUUGAAGCAAGAUAUAAUGAUGUCUUCAAAUUGAAAACAUUUUGCCAAGAAAGAGUGGGUUUUGUGCAGGCAUGGUUGGACACAGGGAGUGUGGGAGCAGAGCGGAUGCUCUGGCUGCCACUUGCAGAACCUGGGUAGGUGGAGACUGAUCCAGAGUGAAAAACACAUGUUCAGAAAUAUCCCCUCUCCAUCUUAUCCUCCAGACUCAUCUCUGUCUCCUGGCACUGCAGAGUCAGGAGCCCUCUCCUUUCAGCUGACACAGAGAGCAGACAGUGCCAUCAUCUGGGGGUAAUACCUUCCCUA